AAUAAAUACCUGUCGUCCACACCAGGCGCAAUACACCAAAUCCUCCAGAUCAUGGCAAACCAUCUUCCCAGUUGAAGCCAUGCCCAAUGACUCUAACCUCCCUCCCGCGCCUCCUCCCCGAGGUGGCCUCUCCCUCUACGCCAACUUGUUAGGUCCAAAAAGUGAUACGCCUGGCACCAUCUCCAGUGCCCCCGUCUCCUAUGGCAAAGUCAAUGAAUCAUCCCCCGAGCAGGAUGAAGCUGUCAAGAAACAGCAAGCUCUCGCUGGUACAUCAUUCAUCGUAAGAACCUAGAUAGGUUUGGAUAUGGAUUUGCUCACGUGUUGCCAUGUUUGGUCGUAAUUCCAGCCUCCCUCAGAUUCCAACCCACCAGAAGACCUCAAUUGUCUGCCCAAAAGGCAAAAGCAAAGUCCAUUGCCAGCAAAUUCGCCCCGCCUGCUGCCGCUGCCGUUCCCGCCACCACUGUAGCAACCGAGUCAACUCAAGAUGCUCCGUCAGAGAUCCAAACCCCAUCAAUGGCGCCCAAGACAACUCUCGCCGACUGGAUCGCCACGGCGUCAGACGAUGAUGAUGUCAAUAACUUCUAUGCCUCCGGCCCCAAACGAGAGCGAGGUGGUCGUAAGAAGCGCAAAAAGAAGAAGCAAGAGGUUGAAGUGAUUCAAAACUGGGACGACAUUUAUGACCCUAGCAGACCAACUAAUUACGAGGACUUUAAGCGCAGCGAAGAAAAGAUCCUUGAAAUUCGGGAGUGGAAAGAUCUUCUAUACAGACACAAGAUGAAACGGAGAGGAUCAAGUGAAUCCGACAGCGAUAGCUACCGUCCUAUGAAUAAACAAUUCGCGCCACCAAUGUCCUUUGCCCCUCCACCAAAUCUCAAUAACGAGUCGCCGCCACCACCACCACCAGCUCCUGCGGUCGAUCUUCCGAAUGAUGACACAGGAGAGGAUGCGUUCUUACGAAGGAUGCGCAUGAGUGGGAUGCAGGUCGACAGCCUGCCAUUUCCACAGAGAGAAGACGAACCAGACAACCAAACUUCGAAUAAUACCUUUACGCCCCGUCCACUGGCACCGCCCACGGGGCAGAUCUCGAGAGCGCCAAUACGCUACAGCCUUCCGGACGCCCCUGUUGAGAUUCCUACCACCGAGAGUGAGCUGGCCCAGAAACUGGCUGAAUCAAAUCAAGCGGAAGACGAGUCGGAAGAUGCGCCUCGAUCCAACCGCCCAGGCCAAGCAGGAUUUGCUGAAAGACUGAUGUCCAAAUACGGAUGGACCAAAGGUCAAGGUCUUGGGGCCCAGGGCACCGGCAUCAUCAAUCCUCUUUACGCUAAAGCCGACAAGCGCAAGAAGAAGUCUGAUGCUGAAGGGGGAGGUUUUGCCACGCCCACAGCAAUGGGCAAGAUCCUCGGCGGCAACAAGUCCAAAUCGGCAGAAGCAGAAGAAGAGGGCAAGUUCGGGGCCAUGUCAGAAGUUGUUCGACUUGACGGCAUGCUGCAAGGAUUAGAUCUCGACGAAGAACUUGGAAGGGAAGAGGGUGGCAUCAUGCAAGAAAUCGGGGAGGAGUGUGGAGACAAGUACGGCAAGGUCGAACGAGUCUACCUCCACCGACCAGACCAACCUGACGACCAAGCCCUGGUAUUCGUCGCCUUUGUCAGUCAGCUAAGUGCGCUGAGAGCGGUCAAUGCACUUGAAGGCCGGAUUUUUAAUGGGAACAUAAUCACAGCGAGGUUUUGGCCUAAGGAGAAGUUUGAUGCUGGACAAUAUCUUUGAGUUAGACUUUGGUCUGGUAGAAAUGCCAAAUUAAUCAGAAUCUGGGCCUAUUGAGAUGGCUGGACUCCAGACAAUGGAAACACUCUCA